UGGGCCCUGCGCGCAAUGGUCACAUGAGGCCUGCACACAAAAGGGGCUUGAAGGAGAGGUCCAUCGGUGCAAGCAGCAAGCAGCAAACAGCACACAACUGUUGAUUUAUGCACACCAUUGCUGGAAAUUUCUCAAGAGGCUCCACCCCAAUCUGUGAGGCCAUCGGCAGACAGAUGUUGUGCUGCAGUCGCAGGAUCCCUUUGCACGAGCUUGAGACCCGAAUCGAUGUCAUCGAUGCAGCCACCAUCAAGGUGUGCACCAAAUAUUUCUUCGACAAAGCUCCUGCCAGAGCAGCCAUUGGUCCAAUCGAGCAGCUUCCUGACGACACCCAAAUCUGCAGCGGAAUGUUCUGGAUGAGGAGAUAAGUAAAGUCACACUCUCUGUUUUCAAAUCCCCUUGUCCUUGCAAGGGUCGCAGGGUGUGCUGGAGCCUCCCCCGGCUGUCUUCGGGCCGUCGGCAGAGGGGAGGGGGCACCUUCAACCGGCUGACAGCCAAUCAAGAAACAACCAUUUCCACCAGAGGUUAAUUGCCCCACGGUGCAAAUGGUUGUUUCUUAAUUGGCUGUCAGUCGGUUGAGGGUGCCCCCUCCCCUCUGCCGAUGGCCGGAAGACAGCCGGGGGAGGCUCCAGCACACCCCCUCGACCCCGACCCUUGCGAGGACAAGGG